UCCCCGGCCGCCUCCCCGCUAUAAAGCACCUGCCUUGCCACCUCUCUGUCCUCACGACCACACACCACCGCUCCACACACAAGAAGAGAGCCGAGAGCUAGCUACCUAGCACGCGAUGGCGAUGGCGAUGGCGAUGUCCGCUUCCAAGAUGAUGGCGGUCGCGGCCGCCGCCCUGCUAGCCCUGGCCCUGGCCGUGUCGACCGCCGAGGCAAGGAACAUCAAGACGACGACGACGGCGGCGACGGAGAAGAAGGACGACGCGGUGGUGCAGCCGCAGACCUUCCCGCCCUUCGACCGCCUCGGCGGCGGCGCGUCCCCGGCGUCCGGUGGCCUCCCCGGCACCUCGUCGGGCGGCAGCAGCAUUCCAGCGUUCAGCAUGCCGGGCAGCGGCAGCAGCAGCCUCCCCGGCGGGUCGUUCUUGCCCGGCAGCAGCGGCAGCAUCGGCAGCAUGCCCCUCUUCAGCGGCGGCUCCCCGGCCUUCAGCGGCUUCGGCGGCAUGCCCGGGUCCCCCGCCGCCGGCUCCGCCGUCCCCGUGCACGGCAACGAGCCCUGAAAAUCCGUCCGUCGCCGGAGCACAUUAUUGAUCCAACUUGUGCCCUAGUACUCCUUUGUCUGCAUUAUAUUGGAGAGUUGGUAUUGCGUUUCGUUUGGUGUUUGCUUUGUUAUUAGGCCUAUCUACCGAGACAUGUGAUGUUUGUUGCGGUAAAUUAAAACCGGUUGUAUUCAUGCU